AUGAAUUAUACAACAGAUGAAAAACUUUCUUUACAUCAUCAUAAAAAUCGUGAAAAUCACGAGUUUGAUCUCGUAAUAUCGAUAAAAGUUCAAAAGAAGCCCAUUGAUUCGAUAAAUUUGUUAAGAGGCUGUGUAAAAGUUCUUUGUGAUGGCUUAUUCCCUUGUGGGAUUAAAAUAACGAAAGAAACGUUGGAUAUAAUUGUCGCAUCAAAAGAUGGUCGUCAUUUACAAGAAUUAGAGACUUCUGUCACUAUAAUUGAAAACGUUACCCCCAACACCAAUAAACAACCCCAUCAACAUAAUCAUGAAUCGAUCAUGAAUCGAAUUCGAGAAGGGGUAUUUAAGAAUCGUAACAGUUGCGCUUACUUUGCUUUAACGAUCUUAUUAUUAAGUGCUAUUAUCAUCGGUGGGGUUAUCUUUUAUUUUAGAGAUGUUAGUAAGACCACCGUAGAAGAACCAUCAACCUAUGACGAAAAGAAUGUCACGGAAGAUAAUACAACCACGGAGGAGGAUCAUAAUCUUACUCAAGUUUCAUUUAAUAAUGCUCAUUUUGGCCCUACUUCCACUCUCGAACCACCGCUUUAUUCUUCCAAUACAAAUCAUGAAUUAAUCUCUGCAGCUUCAUUGAAUCCUCUAACAGUAAAUAUUCAACAAUCGGUUGACGAAAAUAAAUUGUAA